CUGAACAACAACUGAAAAAUUCUAGACACUUGAACAUUCAGGCCUUUGGAAAUGUUUCGUACACUGCUGAUUGGAUUCUCUUCAAAAGCUUGAAUUACAGCCCCAACUAUUGCUUCGUUUCCAGUGACGUGUUUUGUCCUCACUCGAUUUAGUUCAGGUACGCGUUCUGUGUCUUCAAAUUAUUGACGAUUCUUUGAACUUUAACUUUCAUAAAUAACAUUUCACAAAAAGUCCAACACUUUUCAUAGGCGAAUAUUGAUUCCUUUUUCAACAACACAGAAAUUUCAGCCACUGUUGUUGGUUUUUAAAGUAAUUUCACCAAAUUAAAACAAUUUCACUUUUCUGACAGCGCGCACACUUUUGACAGUUUUUUUCAGUGGUACACAAAAUGCCGCAUAGAAAUGCUUCAUCAAUUGUUUCAAAAGCCCUUUUGCACCUCUCCCAAGACCGUCCUAUUUUCGUCGCCCUUCGCAGUACCACUCAACCACCGGCUGCGAUAAACUACCAAAACCUUCCCAAAAAAAACAAACGCAAAAUCAAUGUGUGGAUUAUGUCGCGCGAAGGCUCCAAUUCGCACUCGGAAUCGUCCAACAGUUCACCGAAUCAGGCUUUGAUGAUGAGGGACAAUAAUGACUUCACCGACUUGACACUUUUCGGGUCUGCAGUGCCGGUUUUUAGCCGCACUGGGACUGUGAGACGCGCUACGAAGAAGGUUGACAAGGAAGGGAGUCUCAAUGGAGAGGAUGUCGAGGUGGUGCAUACGAAGUCGCCGAGGGCGAGCCCCGAGCUGCAUCCGCCGACGAGUGCGGAAGGGAGGUAUCGCAAGUCGCUGGAUAGCACCUACAGACUUAGUUUGGAGUCCAUCUCCGAGUACAAAACCAAGAGCUCCUUCUCCACAUCCUCGCUGUACCCCAGCCGUGAGUGCAGCUCCAUGGAGUCGUCAUCCUCCGACUGCACCGACUAUGCAGUGCGCAGCACCACCGAAACCAACCGCGAGGAAAAAACCCUCAUGAGCCCCGGCUCAAGCUACCUCAGCUGGAUCGAAAGCGUCAACAGCGAGUACUUCGGAAGUGCCACCACCACCACGGCCGAGGUCUCCGACGUCGAUAAUAAAGUGGGCGAGUGGAACAAUUUUUGGUUGAAUUAUAACAGUGCAAGGAGUCGGUACCUCUCAAGUCCAUACUUGAGUACUUCGAAUGAAGACAGGACAGGUGAUGAACUUUCAGACGCGAAAAGCACCUGUAGUACACAGCGCGAAUUCACCGAGAAAAUGAGUUUAGAGCAAGUUAUGUUGACGGUGGAUGAAAUCAAUGAGGCCAUUAAAUGUGCACAGAGGAUUACGGAGAUUUUGCAAAAUGCACUCAAAAGGUCCGAGCAUGAGUUUGAUGACUCGAAGAAUGAUUCGUAUUAUUCGGCACCGUAUUCGCAACACAAUUCCGUCAAAGACGAGGUAAUCGUCCAAAGAGAGCGCUCAUUCUCAUACGCCAUGGACCCUCAGGAAAUCCAGAAACAGAAGCAGCAACUGCAGAAAAACACCCCUCAAUCGUCCAGCAGUAGCUGCAUAAACGCCUUACUAAACACCGGCGUCGCUGACAUCCUCAAACGCGUGAUAACCAAGCGUCGCGACGUCUUCAACCCUAGCGAAUUCUCCCCCGUGUCACGUGCCAGCUUCUCGGACUGGUCGAGCACCAAGUGACUCACACAACACAUCAAACUUUACUUUGUAUCUAAUUCGUGUAUAGUUUUGAUAAAAAACGAAUAAAACGCUCCACGUUCAAA